AUGCCGUUAGUUUCUUCUCCUGCAAGCCAGACCACUUCUUGGCUCGUCGAUUGUUAUCGUGAGACGUCGUUAAAACCUGGGACGCCUUUUAUGAUGUCUGAGACUGAAACAAAGAGUGACAAUGACGGAAUUGGAAUUUUUGGUUUUUUGAAAGGGAAGAGCUAUUUUGUUACUGGUGCAACAGGGUUUCUUGCUAAAGUGUUAAUUGAGAAGUUGAUGAGAGAAAGUCCUGAGAUUGGUAAGAUUUUUAUUUUAAUCAAAUCUGAAGAUCAGGAGUCUGCUAACAAGAGACUAUAUGAUGAGAUCAUAAGCUCGGAUCUUUUCAAAACUCUAAAGCAAAUGCAUGGGAGCUCUUACGAAGCAUUCAUGAAAAGCAAGUUGAUUCCAGUGGUUGGAGAUAUUGGAGAAGACAAUCUUGGCAUCAAGUCUCAAAUAGCAUGCAAGAAGAUUAGUGAUGAGAUUGAUGUCAUUAUAAAUUGUGCUGGUCGUACAACAUUUGACGAUAGAUAUGACUUUGCCUUAAGCGUCAAUGCUCUUGGACCUGGUAAACUCUUAAGCUUCGGAAAGGGAUGCAAGAAACUGAAACUCUUUCUCCAUAUUUCAACUGCUUAUGUGACUGGUAAGAGAGAAGGAACAAUACUAGAGACUCCUCUCUGCAUUGGAGAAAACAUAACUCCUGAAACCGAGACGAAACUGGCUUCAGAAGCUUUAACAAAGUUCCAUGGCAGAGAAGAAAGCAAGAGACUGAAAGAACUUGGCAUGGAAAGAGCUCAACACUAUGGCUGGGAAAACACUUACACAUUCACAAAAGCUAUGGGUGAGUCUGUAAUACACAACCAAAGAGGAGAUCUGCCUGUGGUGAUUAUAAGGCCUAGUAGUAUAGAAAGCUCCUACAAGGAGCCUUUUCCUGGCUGGCUCCAAGGAAUAAGGAUGACUGCUCCAUUGAUAUUGGCCUAUGGAAAAGACCAGAUUGCUCACAUGUGGGGCGACUAUCAAUCUUCUUGUGACAUUAUACCUGUUGAUAUGGUUGUGAACGCGGCAAUAUCAGCAAUGGCAAAGCAUGGUUGUGGUGUAUCAGAGCUGAAAGCUUACAAUGUUACUUCAUCUUCUCAUGCAAAACCCCUGAGACUUGGCGGUUGA